AUGAGUGAAGGAAGGAACAACGUUCCUAACUGUUUAAGAGAAUCUGUCUUAUUGUCUCAAUACAUCCUGCAGAUCAGUGGACAGCUCUCACCUCGUCUGUUCCGUAAGCUGCCACCAAGGGUUUGCGUGUCUCUGAAGAGCAUUGUUGAUGAACAUUUCUUAUGCGCAGGGCACAUAUUCCUUGGUUUCUCUAAAUGUGGAAGAUAUGUCCUGUCCUACACAAGCAGCAGUGGUGAUGAUGACUUUUCCUUCUAUAUUUACCAUCUCUACUGGUGGGAAUUCAAUGUCCACAGCAAACUAAAAAUGGUUCGUCAGGUUCGGUUGUUCCAAGAUGAAGAAAUCUACAGUGACCUUUAUCUGACAGUGUGUGAGUGGCCCAGUGAUUCCUCCAAGGUCAUUGUCUUUGGUUUCAAUACUCGUUCAGCUAAUGGCCUGCUCAUGAACAUGAUGAUGAGUGAUGAAAACCAUCGAGAUAUCUACAUUAGUACAGUUGCCAUGCCUCCUCUCACACACUGCUCUAGCUGCAGGGAUAUGGCCAUUGCACAUCCAGGUGACCCCAGUGCCAAGUGCUUGCAGCAUGGCUUCAUGCUGCACACGAAAUACCAGGUGGUGUACCCAUUCCCCACAUUCCAGCCAGCAUUCCAACUUAAGAAGGACCAAGUAGUGCUGCUUAAUACCAGCUACUCUUUGGUGGCCUGUGCUGUUUCUGUGCAUACAUCAGAUGAGAACAGCUUUUCCCAAAUCCUUUACAAUCAGAGUCGCCAGUCCUGCUCUCCUGCUGGAGAAGGUAGCCAUACAAAUCUUGUGCCACAGACCCCUGUGGGCUCUGAGAAAGUGCCGGAAAGAGACAGCUGCCCUUCACGGAGUGGAGAUGGAUUGCAGCCACCACCUAUUGCUGUGCCUUCACAGGACAUAGAAAACCAUGACUCACCCGCUGUGGCUAUGGCUAAGGAAUUUGUAGCGGACAUCUUCCGGAGGGCCAAGGAAGCCAAGGGCACCAACCCAAUGGAAGUGGAGUCAGGCAAUGGGUUUGAAUGCCUUCUUGAUUCAGGUGGCACCCAAAGCCAGGGCACAUUAACUUCUUGGGAUCUUGGGAAGACUUUAGGAACUUGCUUGCAUGGAGGUGGCACUCGCAGCUCCACAUCUUCUGCGGCAGAUAGCCUUUCAGAUGUGGGGGGAUCUCCCAAAAACUCCCCCAGUGCUCAUUCUGAACUGGAAAACCAGCUUGCUGAGCCAGGCUAUGUGAACUAUACCAAAUUGCGCUAUGUCCUGGAGCCCAAUGAUUCCUCUGAGGCUGAGGAAGAGUAUGAAGAUGACAAGAUCUCCUUGCCAUUUGUUGUGACAGAUCUCCGAGGAAGGAAUUUGAAAUUGCUGAAGGAGAAGGCUGUUUGUCAGGGACAAUACUUAACAGUAGAGCAGCUGACUCUGGACUUUGAAUAUGUCAUUAACGAGGUGAUCCGGAACGAUGCUUCAUGGUCUAAGCAGUUCUGCUCCUUCAGUGACUAUGACAUUGUCAUCUUGGAGGUGUGUCCAGAAACCAACCAGGUUAUCAUCAAUAUUGGACUCUUGCUCCUGGCUUUCCCUUCCCCGGAUGAAGAGGGACAACUCAGGCCAAAGACCUAUCACACCAGCCUCAAAGUUGCGUGGGAUCUCAACACAGGCAUCUUCGUCACUGUCAGUGUGGGAGACCUCACUGAAGUCAAAGGCCAGACCAGUGGCAGCGUGUGGAGCUCCUAUCGGAAAAGUUGUGUGGACAUGGUAAUGAAGUGGCUGGUGCCCGAGAGCAGUGGCCGUUACGUCAACAGGAUGACCAACGAGGCCCUUCAUAAAGGCUGUUCUUUGAAAUUCCUUGCGGACAACGAGCGCUACACAUGGAUUGUCUUAUGAAGUCAGGUUCAAAAAGAAGCUUGCAUCAGUAGUUCAUUUCCUGCCAUAAAUGUGUGUCAGAUUCAACUACCUCCUUGUUCAAAGUUGUUUUUAAUUUCCCCAUCCCUUUUGAGUCAACAGUUGCGCGCCUGACCUUGUGUUGGACUGUCUGGGAGUAAAACUGCUCUGGAGAACCUACCUCUCCUUGCAGGCUCAUCUUAGAAGUUGGGCUGCGCAAGCCCCAGCUGAGCAAGAGCGCUCCCCAGAAAGCAGGGCCUCCACCGUCACCGCAUCUGUCUCCGUGUGAAGCCGCAAGGAGUCUUCUGCAGGGUUUGCCCUCCCCUGGUGCUAAAGCAUGAAUGAUCCCAGGGCAAUGUUUGUUCCGUUAUAAGGAGACCAAAACCCCUUCCCUUCUUUAAAUGUCAUUCUGUGUUUCAGGCACUUCACUAUCACUCCCAUUGGAGGAGUGAUUUUUCCCCCCUCUUAAGUGUACAUGACACCCUCUAUUUCCCAUCCUAAUUUGUCUCCAGCAGGUUUUCUGUUCCUGCAAUAAACAUUUAAAUUUGA